AUGGCCGACCGUUGCAUUCGUCUGAUUGGAUUCUUUGUCUUUACCCUAACUCUCCCAAAAAAUCGACCAACUGGUAAGUCGUCUCCAUUUGGACUCUUCCAGAAAGAUGCGAAGGCUUUCAGUUAUUGGGCUUUCUCCAUCCCCACAACUCCUUCAGGUAAUCUUCAACUCAUCACCAUGUUCUCUAUUUUCUUGAACCAAGUUCCUCUAGCGAAGAUAAAGACUUUGGAGAACAAUGAACCCAUUUGGAAAUGUUGCAUUUUCGGAUGCCUUGACCUGAGUUUAGUAAAUCAAGGUGAUGCAAAUUUUGAAAACGCUGCAAUUGGAAAUACCCUUGAACAAUUUCCGGAGGUCGAGUAUUGGAACUUAAUUACUAUAGAAGCGAAUGAUAAGAGCUUGCAAGGUGGGAGGAAACUAAUGUCUGACUUCACUUUCAUCCUGAAUCGUCAACGCAUCUACCUCCAAAACAGCUGGUCUAAUAUAAUUACGGACAGCCGCAACAGAACGAACUUGUACUCAGUUGGUAGUAGGAUAGGCGCAAGAUUGUGGAGGGGUUCAAGCCGGGAUAUCGAAGAGGUGCGUAACCGGAGGACGAACCCAGGAAGAACCUACUGUCAAUCUUCAGGACAUUGUCCCUACAGAGAUGUUAAGGCGGCUUGCUGUAUGUCUCGUUAG